UCAAAACCUUUAGUAAAAAAAUUAAAAUCGCUAUUAUGAAUCAACCUAUAAAUCAAGUAAUCGGAGGUCAACCUUUGACACCUCAAAACGUUAAUAUUCCUGUAAAUGCAUCCUUUGAUAACUUAACUGCCGAACAAAAGUAUGAUAUUUUAACUAAAGGUGCGAAUCUGUUUUCUAGUAAUGCUGGAGAACAAGAAGCAGAAAAUCAGGCAGUUCAAUUCCCGGACGUUAUUACUUCAGGAUCAAGCUUCUGA